AUGAGCAGCAGUUCAACACAUCCUACAGCAGAAAAUUCAACAGUGAAUGCUGAAGAGACUCUUCCUUCUUCGAGUGGUUCGGCAGUGGCUGAUUCAAAAAACAUUCAAGUGUUAAAUGAUGAGGCCUUUAAAGCCUUCAUUUUACAAGAUUUAGAAACUGCAGUUGAAAAGUUUUCCGAGGCUUCCGAACUUAUCGGUCAAUUUUAUGGAACGGAUUCUGAAGAAUAUGCAGAAGCAUUAUAUAACUACGGACACGCUUUACUAGAGAAUUCCAGGACGCAGGCCACUGCUCUUGGACCUCAGGCAAUUCCACAAGAACCCACCGCAGAAAUACCAGUUGAAACUUCCCAGGUGAACACCUCAAACUUCGUUUUCGAAGGGGAUUCUGAUAGUGAAGAUUAUAUCAACAAUGGGGACGAGGCCGUUGGUCAAGUAGAAAGAUCGACCACACAGGAUCCACUCGAAGAACAGACGGACGACCUCAGUCUUGCGUGGGAAAUACUGGAGUAUUCUCGAGAAAUAUAUUCACAAAUUUCAAGCGAGUCAGCGAAGAGAAAUCUCGGCGAGGUGUAUAUAAAAUUGGGUGAUGUGUCGCUUGAAAACGAGAAGUUUGAUCAAGCUGCGAUCGAUUAUAGAGAGGGACUCCGAAUUAAGAAAGAAACGCUUUCCGAAGAUAAUCGACAAAUAGCCGAAGCAUAUCCUUUCCUUGUGUUGGCUUUGGCACUCGAAUCAAUUUCCGACACAGCUAGUCAAGAAGAAGCCAUUGAACACGUCCAGAAGGCAAUUGGCGUACUGCAAAAACGCAAGGAAAUUUUACACGAUAAAUUGUCGGCGCACCAAGAAGUGUUAGGAAAAGGUAAGAAAGUAGCCACUGUUGAAGAUCCUACCGUGGCUAUUGACAAGGAAAUGAAAGAUAUCGAUGAAUUGUUGAUAGACAUGAACUCAAAGGUGGAGGAUAUUAAGACAUUAAUUAGCCAAGAGCAAAAAGAACUUAAUCCCAGUGAGUUGGCGCUUGAAGAGUACGUAAAAUUGAUGUCUUCUUCAACUUUGUCUGAAUUGGCAUCAGAGGCGACAAAGGUAUCGUCAGUGGAUGCCAUGAAACAAGUGAAUGAUGUUACAUCGUUGAUCAAAAGAAAGGUCGUUACCAACUCCAGUAACUUUGCCGAUGGUACAACCGAUAUGAUUGUCGAUAACAAUGCAUCUGAUCAAAUACAACAAGGUGAAAAGAAACGCAAAGCUGAAAUUAAAUCUGAAGGUGAUGAAGGAAAUGAAGAUAAUUUGAAUAAGAAAGCUAGACAGGCUUCCUA